AGAAACUCGAUGCUAUUGAUAUUCCGACGUCGUAUGGUUAGCUGUUACCAAAUCGCUGCUUCAGGUCCGUGCGGAAACUGGAAAACCUCAAUACGACGCCCUUUACCGCCGCAGCAACGGCUGCAUUUCCCUCUUCCAGCAUCCCGUCUCACUCAACUACGUACCACUCUCACACCAUAUCUGCAAAUGGAACCGGCGAUGGAGCCCUUGCAGAAUGACCAAACUGCUCCCCCCGCCGCCGCUGCCCUGCCAAUGUCGAAGAACGCUCAGAAACGGCUGCUCAAGCAGCAGAGAUUCGAGGCGAAGAAGGCGGAGAAGAAGGCGCAGAUGAAGGAGCACAAGAAGCGCGAGGCGGAGCGCAAGCGGACGGAGUGGGCGGAGAAAUUGGCGAGCCUCGGCGACGAGGAGAGGGAAAAGCUGAUCGAGCAGAGAAAGGGGAUGAGGAGAGAGCGCAUGGAGAAGCGGUCGGAGGAAAAGGGGCAGAAACUCGAGCGGCUGCAGCAGGCGAGGGUUAAUGGUCAGAAUGUGGUUAUUGAUCUCGAGUUCGCUCAUCUCAUGACAUCUACUGAACUCAGCAGCCUCGUUCAGCAGAUUAUGUAUUGCUAUGCGAUAAAUGGAAGAUGUGCCUUACCAGCCCAUAUAUGGCUGACAGGUUGCAAGGGGGAAAUGCAAAAUCAACUUAUGCGGAUUCCAGGAUAUGAUAGAUGGUUAAUUGAGAAGGAGGAUCAAUCCUACAUAGAAGCCUUUCAAGAUCAGAAAGAAAAUUUGGUGUAUCUCACAGCUGAUUCUGAGAAUUCUCUGGAUGAACUCGACCUGAAAUCAAUUUACAUCAUUGGUGGUUUGGUGGAUAGGAAUCGAUGGAAAGGCCUCACCAUGAAUAAAGCAAAUGAGCAAGGGAUUAAAACAGCGAAACUGCCAAUUGGAUCUUACUUGAAGAUGUCCAGUUCUCAGGUCCUUACUGUGAAUCAAGUUGUGGAGAUACUUCUCAAGUUUUUGGAAUCAAGAGACUGGAAGCAUUCAUUUUUUCAGGUGAUUCCUCUGAGAAAAAGAGGUGAAGCUGGAUCAGAGGACAGCACAGUCACAUUGAAGGCGACUGUAGAUGGACCAGCAUUAGGUGAAUCCUUGAAGAAAUUCAUAGGUGCAGCUCCAAAGAAGCCAUGUUGGUGGGGAAUGUGAUGGAAAGCCGGUGGCGGAAAGCCGUGGAAACCCAUGGAGGCGUGAUCGACCAUCCUCUUGACGAGAGGCUCCCCUCUCAAGGAGCCGCGCUCGCCGCCAUCAAACUCGCGGUAGCGGUGAAGGUAGACGGUGAGGGGCUCGAUGUAGUCGUCGAAGCCAAGCUUGCUCAUGGCCCAGAGGACAUCCUCGGCAGUGAUGGUCUUGCGCUGCUCGCGCUGGCAGCGGUCGUUGGCCUCGCUGGUGAUGAAGCUGAUGUACUCGGAGACGCAUUCUUGGAUGGUCUCCUUGGCGUCGUCGGAUAUUUUAGCGUGGGGAGGGAGGAUCUUGCGCAUGAUCCUGAUCACAUUGGCUAUCGGCAUGAACCGAUCCUGCUCGCGGACGAUGCAUUCCGACUCCUCCCCGCCAUGCUGGUUCAUGUCUGCUUUACCACCACCAACAUCAUUCUUUUUCUUAAUUAAUUCAUACAUUAUUCCUAUGAGAGAGGAGGAAGAUGAUGAACACGGAAACUCACCGGAGUUAGUUGUUGUGAGCCUGCGGUAGCCAUGAAAGCCUCCAUUGUUCCCUCCCAGUUCCAUCUUCUAUCUUUCUAUAUCACACAAGAAGAUGAUGAACAGAAAUAGUGGUCAUUAAUUUAUAAAGAGGAAGAAGAAAAGAGAAGGACACAUGGCGGGAGGCGUUGCAAACAAGAGAAUGGCAUUUGCCACAGUUGGUUGGGCAGGGGAGGCGUUGCAAACAAGAGAAGGGCAUUCGCGGAUCAGAAAUAAUGGUUCACAGUUGGGCACCACUGGGUGGCUUGACCGGGCAGUAGCCAACGUUUACCAUUGUUCCAUUGGGUCGGUGCUGAUUUUUUCGAUAAUUCUCGCAUCCUUAAUUAAUACCCAUGCUUUUUCUUUUUUUCCCUUCUCAGCGCUAGCUCUUCUGCUAAUGCUCAGCGCUGACUUAAGUAAUCACCAAUUAAAUAUCAGCGCUGACUUAUAUCAUAUUUUAAAUGAUUCAAACCUUGUUUGUUAUUAUGUAUUUGUUGCGAUCUUUGUUAAAAGAUUAGCCUUUGUGUGAGUAUGCCAACAUCGGCAUCAAUUUGUUACGAGGAAAGAAAGGUUAAAAGGAACCAAUAUGUGCAGCUCUCUUCCAUUACUUCGAUCAGAGGUCUACUAGCAGCAAAUCCAGCAACUACACCUUUCAAUUUCAGUAACACAAAUCAAAGGUUUCAUCUAUGAAUUUCCUCCGUUCAUUUACACUUGCUCACAGUUAGAACACUUUAAUUGCAGUACCACAAACAUUUUCAGACUUCAAAUUCAUGAUAAGCAAUACACAAACCUUUUCAUCUACAUAGGUAUACAUAUCGAUUAUGCUUAUAUGAAAUCACUCAGAAUUUAUAUAUGUACAUACGCAUAUUUUGAGUAUAACUAUUUUUUUUACAAGAGAUUGAAUGAGUUUAAAAACCUACUGGAAUAAGAGAAAGAAGAAAGAUGGAGUCUUGAGUUUUGAUUUUGCUUGUCGAGCCUGAGUGUUUUGGGCAUCUGAGUGGGGAGGAGAUGAGGCGUCGACGGCGCUGCUGUCCGUCCGGUGGUGGUGGUCUGCCACUGACCGAAGAGAGAGAGAUUUCGAGGGAGGUCAGCGGCGGCGGUUGGCUUCGUCAGCUAAUGCGUCCGUCGGAUGAGGGAAGGAGGCGGCGUCACGUGGGUGGCGUUGUCGUCGGCGGGAGUCAGAGAGGGAGGCCAGGCGCGGCGGCCCUGCCGCUGUCGCUCGGCCACGGACGGAGAGAGAGAUGGGGACGAGAGAAGGGAGAACCGAGGGUGUCAGUGGCUGUCGCCGCUUGCUCCGGCGAGCUCUGGCGGCGGUGGAUUUCGAUGGUGGAGGGGUGGAUUUUCUGGCGGAACUGAGGGAGAAAGGGGCGAGCAGAUUUUGAGA